AUGGGUGCACCGGACGUCAAAACAGACGCCAGAAGGGUGUUCGAGGUGAUCUCAGCCGGAGGGAUCGCCAUCAUCCCUUCUUCCAUGGGUUAUGCCCUUGCAAGCUCCACCACCGAAGCUUUAGAAAAAAUGUUCAAAACCAAAAGACGUGGCGCACAGAAACGACACGCGAUGGGUGGAAACUUUGCCCUUCACCAAGAGCUGCACGUUAUGCGACCCGAGCAUGAAGAGAUUGUCCGCUGUUUGACCCAGGACUUCGACCUACCUUUGGCAGUCAUUGCAAAAUACGACCAGGACCAUCCAAUGUUCAAGCACAUCGACCAACCAACUAUGGAAGCACUCACCGUUGACGGAACCCUCGCUAUGUUGAUCAACGGAGGAGCACUCCAGGAUGAGCUCGCGAACCUCAUGAGGGAAGCCAAGCUCCCAUUGCUGGGUAGUUCUGCCAAUAUCUCGGGUACAGGAACCAAGUAUGUUGUCCAGGACAUCAACCCAGAAAUUCUUGACAUUGCAGAUAUCGUGAUCGACUAUGGCCUCGUCAAAUUUGGAUAUCAUGGGAGGAGCUCGACGAUGAUCGAUUUCAGUGGGCCGAAACCGGAGAUCGUCCGAAUUGGAGUCUGUUACGAUGUGAUCAAGGACCAUCUGAAGCGCUUCUGGGAUAUAGAGAUUCCUCCCGAUCCCGGAAUGUCGGCAUUGCCAUCAGGACAUCUCAAGACGCUCCCUCCGUUGGAAUCUUUGGAAAAACUGGUGUCGGUGCACUGA